CGCUUUUUCCAGUCUCCCCACUUCAGGACCCUCCCCCGUUUUUCUCUCUCUCUGCGCUCUUCUCAAUGUUUACGCGGAGUCAAGAUAUUUCCAAGUGUGUGCCAUUUUUCUAAAUAAACACAGUUUCCUUCUCCUCCUUCUCCUCGUUUCGCCAUUUGAGUUCCGAGGUCGGUUUUUAAGUGAAUUAUCGCCACGACGCAGGAUCCCGCUGUUCCUGUCUCCGGGGCAAGGACCAUGCCGCCGCCACCGCUGACACCGCCGCUGCAGAGCUUCGCCGUCCUGCUGCUUCUCUGCUUCCUGAUUGGUCCGAGCUGCCCCCUGAACCCGAAGGACCCCAAUGUUUGCAGCAUGUGGGAGAGCUUCACCACCUCCGUCAAAGAGUCCUACUCGCAUCCUUACGACCACGUGACCGAGGAGCCCUGCUCGGACCCUCGGACCUCCUACAGAUGCUCGCGCCACAGGAUCACCUACAAGACGGCCUACAGGCAGGCGGUGAAGACCGACUACCGCAAGAGAUACCAGUGCUGCCCGGGCUACUACGAGAGCGGAGGCAGAUGUGUCCCUCGCUGCACCAAGGAGUGCGUCCACGGCCGGUGUGUCGCUCCAGACCGUUGCCAGUGUGAGGGAGUGUGGCGAGGCGACGACUGCUCCAGCGCCUGUGAUGACCAACACUGGGGCCCCGGCUGCAGGCAGCAGUGCAAGUGUGAGAACGGAGCUCUCUGCGACCCCGCCAGGGGGACGUGCCGGUGUCCCGAGGGGUUCAUAGGACGCCACUGCGAGGACGCCUGUCCACCGGGCACCUUCGGGAAGGGCUGUCUGCAGAGGUGCAAGUGUGGGACGGGAGGAUCCUGCGAUAAAAGAACGGGAGAGUGUUCAUGUCGGGACGGAUUCACCGGCACCUACUGUGAGAAGUCGUGCACAAAGAAGUGCCAGGCUCGAUGCCCCUGCCAGAACGGUGGGAUCUGUCGGGGUAAAGGGAUCUGCGCCUGCCCUCCUGGAUGGACGGGGGCAGUCUGCACAGAGCGAUGUCCAGAGGGAAGGUUCGGCCCAAACUGUUCAGAUGAGUGCGUUUGCCACAACAGCGGCAAAUGUGACCCUGAGACGGGACAGUGUCAGUGCGCUAAAGGCUUCACUGGUACCAGGUGUAAUGAGGAGUGCACUGCAGGAACCUACGGGCAGGACUGUAAAGGUGUGUGCGACUGCGCCAACGGAGCGCGAUGCUACAACAUCGACGGAGCCUGUCUGUGUGAGCCGGGCUUCAGCGGGCCUCACUGCCGGGACAGGAUGUGUUCACCAGGAAAAUACGGCAUGCACUGCGAACGCACAUGUCUCUGCCAGGACAAACACACACUCAGCUGCCACCCAAUGAAAGGAGAGUGCACGUGCCAGCCGGGGUGGGCGGGGCUCUACUGUAACGAGACGUGCGCUCACGGUUUCUAUGGUCACGGUUGCCUGGAGCCGUGUCUGUGCGUGAACGGAGGGGUGUGUGACAGCGCCACGGGCCGAUGCCAGUGUGCCCCCGGCUUCACGGGGCUUCACUGCGAGAGUCCCUGUAAAAGCGGCACCUACGGGAAGAACUGCUCCCUGGAGUGUUCCUGUGAGAACUUUGUCGACUGCUCGCCCGUCGAUGGGACCUGCUACUGCAAAGAGGGCUGGCGAGGGACAGACUGUUCCACCCCCUGCUCUGAGGGAACCUGGGGCCCGGGGUGUAACGCCACCUGCCGCUGCGCCAACGGGGCAAAAUGUAACCCUGCAGACGGCUCCUGCAGCUGCACAGCCGGGUGGCAGGGGGCGCUCUGCGACCAGCCGUGCCCGAUGGGCACGUUUGGGCCGGGCUGCCUGAAGAGGUGCGACUGCGUCCACGCCGACGGCUGCCAAGCCUCCAGCGGGGAGUGCCGCUGUCUGCCAGGCUGGUGGGGGCCUCGCUGCAGUGACCCGUGUUCACACGGCCUCUGGGGGCGCCACUGCAACCAGACCUGUUUCACACAUUGUCCCAACAGCGACACGUGCUCCAGAGAGACCGGAGCUUGUGUCUGUCGUCCAGGCUACUGGGGCGUCAGCUGCCAGAACAAAUGCCGAGCGGGUAUGUACGGGGACCAGUGCAGCUCGUCGUGUGCGUCCUGUGGUCAGUCGUACCGCUGCCAUCACGUGACCGGAGAGUGUGACUGUCUGCCUGGAUUCACUGGACCCAACUGUGACCAAGCUUGUCCUGUCGGCUACUACGGGAAACACUGUUCUGAAGUCUGCGUCACCUGCACCAACAACUCCACCUGCGACCACCGCGACGGUCACUGUGAAUGUUUACCGGGCUGGACGGCGACCGACUGCUCCGUCCCCUGUGGCCCCGGACGCUUCGGUCCGUUCUGCACUCAGACCUGUUCCUGCCCGGCCAACGUCCCCUGUGACAGAUUCACCGGAGACUGUGUGUGUGAGAGUGGAGGAGAUGACUGCAAGCUGCAAGACUCCUCGGAGCAGACGGGGAGCGUCAUGGUUCCUCUGCCUCCCGGGGAGAGGGAGUCGUGGGGGGCCAUCGGAGGCAUCGUGGUGCUGGUGAUGCUGGUGGUGCUGCUGCUGGCUCUGCUGCUGCUCUACCGGCGGAGGCAGAAGGACAAACAGAACAACACGCCGACCGUCUCCUUCUCCACCAGCCGCACGGUCAACUCUGAAUACGCCGUUCCAGAUGUUCCUCACAGCUACCACCACUACUACUCCAACCCCAGCUACCACACACUGAGCCAGAACAGGCCGCCGCUGCCUCACCUCCCCAACAACCACGACCGCACCAUCAAGAACACCAACAACCAGCUGUUCUGCAGCGUGAAGAACGCCGAGCGGGAGCGGAGGGGUCUGUUCGGGGUGGAGACCAACGCCACUCUGCCUGCAGACUGGAAACACCACGAGCCCCGCAAAGACUCAGGAGCUUUUGGCAUCGACAGGAGCUACAGCUACAGCGCCAGCCUCGGAAAAUAUUACAACAAAGAGCUGAAGGACUCGGUGGCCGUGAGCAGCAGCUCUCUGAACAGCGAGAACCCCUACGCCACCAUCAAAGACCUGCCCGGCCCCCCCUUCUGCCCCCCCGAGAGCAGCUACAUGGAGAUGAAGUCGGCCGUGCCCCGGGAGCGAGCGUACACCGAGAUCAGCCCGCCGCCGUUCCACGUGGCGUCCUUACGCCGAGAGCGUCAGAGCUCCCUCGGUCACGCUCCUCACGAGGACCCGCAGAGCCACUACGACCUCCCCGUGAACAGCCACAUCCCGGGACACUACGACCUCCCUCCGGUCCGCCGCCCCCCUUCCCCAUGCCCCUCCCCCAGGAGGACACCUCAGUGACCGCCUCCUCCUCCUCCUCCUCCUCCUCCUCCUCUUCCUCCUCUUUUUGAGGACCAUGAAGAAAAGCUUUGAGCUCUUCUCUGACAGUCAGAGCUGCAGCAAGGAUCCCCCCUCCCUCCUUCAACCCUACACUGCCCCCUGUGGGCUUUAAGAGGUACUCGCUCCACCGUGGCAGACCUGUCAUCCAGACUGGGGGAGCCAGCUGGCCGGUGGUGAGGAAGGAAGCCUCCCCCCCCUCACCCCUUCCACUCCCUCCCAGUGGGAAGAAAUCCACCAGAAGACUUGAGACUCUGAGGAUGUUUGUGUUCGAACUCGCUUCCACACAUUUCUGCUUCAUCAGCUGAUGUUCAUCAUCUUAACACGAUCUUCGAUGUAGGAACUGAUUUUAGUUUUUCAGUACGUUUCAACCCCCCCGUCCUUUUUUUUAACAGGCAGCUUUGGAUGAACUGGUCACAGCUGGACUUCCUUCAGAUUUCCUCUCUGAAAAGACAUCGUCCCCAGAUGAGUUUUUUUGUCACAGACACGUUGUUAAAGUUUUUAUUCUUGAAAUCCAAACGAUGAACAGAAACGAGUCUUCGGUUUGUUUAAACUUUGUAAAUAUAGAAAUAAAAAUAUAUUUUCAGCUUCACAGUAGAGUAGACGAGCAGCCGUGUGUCCACGUGUUCAUAAAGGUUGAUUUCCAUUCGCUCAUUGAUACAUGUUUAAAUUUUAAAUUGGAUGUACGGAAGGAUUUAAAGGGCCAGUACACUCAAAACACGGAAAUGUAAAUAGCAUUUAGCAUUAGCAUCCAGAACACUGCCAGAAUUUUUUAUUUUUUUUUUGUAUUUCAUGUUUCUCUCUUUCCUUCCUCUUAACCUCAGUGCCUACAUUACCCAUAAUGCAUCUCUAGUUCCUGUAUAUAAAGAAGUGAAGCCAGAAUAUCUCGGAAACAGAUGCUGCCAUCUUGCACAGGCGACUUCAUUUUACAAUAAAAUAAAAUAAAAUAAAAUAACCCCGGUGACCUGUGGAAGGAGACGUGGCGUCGAGGGAUGUAAUCGAUACGAAUCAACGUUAAAAGCACAAAUGAUCUACGAGGAAAGAGCAACUGAUGAGGAGCUGGAAGGACGAACACUUGUAUUUUACUACAUUUAAAGACGAUCUGACAUUUUUUAUUUUCAGAUUUCACCACAAACGUCCUCUUGUGAUUUGGAUGAAAAGUGAAAAUGUUUCCUUCCUCCCUCUGAAGUCGGUCCUCGUCCAGACUGAAUGUACGCUGUGCUUCUAAUGCUACAACUCUCUCUCACGUAUGGUCAUAUAAAUAUAUUUUUUUGAAUGUAACCAUGGGAACCUGUGUCUGUCCUGUAAAUAAAAAUAUGUGCACUUUUCA